UUUAAAAUUAUGAAGGAAUAAAGUAUGGAUUCUGAGGUUGCAAUAUUUCUUGUGAUAUUUCUGCUGGCGUCUUCUGUAGCAACGAUUGCAAUAUGUUGUAUGGAGCUUAAAUCAGUCUGGAAUAGUUAUAGGGAGACUAAAAGUGGAGGUUUGGUUGAACUCGACUGCACCUGUGACGUAAAGAACGGCACUAAACCUUUAAUAAGACCUAACAAGGAAGAAACUCUGCAAGUUCCGCAAAGGAAGCAGUAUCCGUCCCCAUCACCCCCACUCAAGAACUUCUCCCCAAUACCUUCUCCCAAACCCUACUCCCCCUCCCCAUCCAUGUCCAUUAAGAGCUCAAGAAUGACUGAGCCAAUACCACUUCAUCAUUUGCAUCAUAGGAAUAGAGAGGAUAAUGGAGUUAUUCACCAUAUGCCCAGAAAUGCUGUUGAGUACGAAGUACGGGAUAAUCUAAGCAUGAGGGAUUCUCUGAGAGACAACAUGAGCAUGAGGGAUUCCCUCAGGGACAACAUGAGGGACAUGAUCAGGCAUCAUUCAGCUCAAAGAACACUUGGGUAAAUAUAUAAUUGUAAUAAUUUAAAUGAUUAGAUCAUCAUACAAGAACAUGACAACGUGCCUUCAAGUAACCCUCCAUUAAAAGCGGUGAAUGCCUGAUUCACAACGAUUCACUGUCAAAAUAUUGGCAAAUCUUAUUUUUCUUUAAAAAAAUUAACUUUUGGCCGUGGUGAAUUGACAGAAUUCAUCUAGCUUAAAGAAAGAAAAAAUAGUAAAGGUAAAAGGUUAUUGACGGGAAUUGUACCUCUUUAAAGAAAGAAAAAAUAGUAAAGGUAAAAAGGGUAUUGACGGGAAUUGUACCUCUUUAAAGGAAGAGUUCCUUUAAUAUUUAAAUAGUAA